GUGGAUCGAGGCGUGUCUGGACGAGGAGUUACCUCCCACCACAGAGCUGGAGGAGGGGCUAAGGAACGGCGUCUAUCUGGCCAAACUGGGAAAUUUCUUUGCCCCACGAACCGUCUCCCUGAAGAAGAUCUACGACCGCGAGCAAACACGCUACAAGGCCACAGGUCUCCACUUCAGACACACUGAUAACGUCAUCCAGUGGCUCAACGCCAUGUCUGAGAAGGGGCUGCCGAAGAUCUUCUACCCUGAGACCACAGACAUAUAUGACAGAAAGAACAUGCCGCGCUGCAUCUACUGCAUACAUGCACUCAGCCUGUACCUUUUCAAACUGGGCCUGGCUCCUCAGAUCCAGGAUCUGUACGGAAAAGUGGAUUUCACCGAGGAGGAGAUCAACAACAUGAAGAGCGAGCUGGAGAAGUAUGGAAUCCAGAUGCCGGCCUUCAGCAAGAUUGGCGGGAUCCUGGCCAAUGAGCUGUCGGUGGAUGAAGCUGCAUUACAUGCUGCUGUGAUCGCCAUCAACGACGCCAUCGACCACGGCGUACCGGAGGGCACGCUGGCGGCCAUGGAGAACCCCAACGCCAUGCUGGUCAACCUGGAUUCCAACUCUGCUCGCCUGUACCACGACACGCUGUACCAGGCCAAGGGAAAAAAGGUUGCCAGCUCACGCAAACGGCAAAUGGAAAACGCCGACGCAGAGAGAGACGUCUACGACGAGCUCCUCACUCAGGCUGAAAUCCAGGGCAACGUGAAUAAGGUCAACGUGAGCAACGCUCUGAGAGCAGCUGAGGAGGCUCUGCUGAGCGGGAACGAGGAUCAGCUGUACGAGGCGCUCAGAGCCAUGGGCCUUCAGAACCUGCAGCCACAGAACAAAGGCUGGUACCUGAAACAGCUGCAGGCCGACAGAGAGAACAAAGAGCAGACGUCGCCAGGAGAAGCUCUGACUAAGGACGAGUUGCAGAGUGGCGUGGGCGUGGCCAAUGAGGUUGCAGAAGGCUACCUGAAGAGUUCUCGACUGGAGCACAGUGACCUCACUGUCAUGAGAAACCAGUUUGAGAAGAUCUUUGUGACAUGGUGCCUUCUCCUGCUGGGAGGAGCCAUCACAAGAUGGGGCUCGCUGUCCCACCCUGAGCUGCUUGUUGCCGUGGAGAUGCUGUCAUCGGUGGUGCUAAUGAACGAGGCGAUGGAUGUGGGCGACCGAGCUGCCCUCUGGAAACAGCUGUCCAGUCCUGUCGCCGGACUCAGUAACGUGGAGGAUGACUACGCUCAGAGGUACAUGGAAGAGCUGAUGCGUCUUAAAGCUGCAGCGCGGGAGCAGGGCGGUGACUAUCUGACAUGGAACGACAUCCAGGCGUCCAUCGACCAGGUCAACCUGACGGUGCAGGAGGAGCAUGAGCGCAUCGCUGCCAUCGGGCUGAUCAAUGAGGCGCUGGAUGAAGGUGACGUCAUGAAGACUCUGGCCAUGCUGCAGAACCCUGCGGCCAAGCUGACGGACGUGGACCCGUCUGUGGCUCAGCACUACCACGAUAAACUGCUGGAGGCCCGCAGAGAGAAGGCCCAU